AAAAGAAUAAAAGAAUUACGUCUGGUGGACGACGAUCAGUAUCAGAAUGAAGGAUCGAAGAAGAUGAAGUAGAGGAUCAUGAUGAGCAUGAUGUUCUUGACGAAAAAUUAUGCAACGAGGAAUUGUGGCACGAAAGCGAAACCCGCACUCGCACGACACUCAGCAGGAACGAGCUACAUCUUCGGGGAGCAAGCAUUCGUUUCCUGUUGAGAGCAGGAGGUCCGCCUGAAAUAUAAGAAAAGGCCUCUCGUCGGGUGGACCUACCACGAGAAGCCGGCUGCAGCUUGAUCGUGGUCCGGGCUUCGUUUAUUGCCAUCGUCGAGAAAUAAGAUUGGCUGAUUUAUUAUUUUCCCACAUCGUGAAGUGAAGAAAAAGAGCACCGAAAUGAUCUUCCUCUAACUUUUUAAAGCACCUCUAACUCGUCCAGCGGCUACAACUUUUGGGUGUUUUGAAUACAUAACAAGUCAGCCAUAAUUUUACUAGUACAAGGCGAACUGCUAGAGAAGUGCUGUGCCGAGUAUUUGUACAUGAUCAACGUAGAAAUCUGUGGUCUUGACUAUUUCCAAAAAACUUUUUACCACUUUCGUAGUUUAUUUCUCUUCUGUGAUAUUGAUUGCUCAAGAACCCUUCUGAAAAAUUAUGACCAAAAAUCAAAGGUCUUCUCCGUGUAAAAUUAUUGUAGCGACGCCUUAGUUAGCAGUAUGCGAAUUCGGUUAUUUUUACUAUCACAGUAGAGCAGGAUAUGGAAGCGUCAGGUUUGAAAUCGUCAAAGUUGAAAUAAUUUGUCAUGCAUAAACUGCAAGGCAUGAAGUGCCUCGCUUGCAGGGACGGCAAGUGAGGCCGACUGUCAGCAUGUUACUUGGGGUCUACGGUAGAGCUGCUAAAGUAGCAUGACAAAAGACGCCUUCUGUCCCGAAACAGCAUGACAAGCUGGAUUUAGACGGUGCCGAAAUUUGUCAUGCACCGCUUGGAAAUUUGGCUUCCAACUGGUAUCGAUUUUAUGCAUGACAAAUCAUUUCAACUUUGUCGAUUUCAAACCUGAGACACUCCCAUACAGGACAACCACACGACGCCGGUGGAGGUCCACCAGCAGCAGGAGAAAGCGGCUCAGGUUUCCGUUCCGCUGCUGGGCUAUAAAAAUGUCUCAAUCAAGCGUGCAGCGUGAUUCUUUCAAUUCUAUUAUUCUGCGAAAAUUUGUCUUGCAAGUAUGCCUUGCAAGUAUGCCUGGGUCUGGAAGGAUGCAAGAACUUGUGAUGCUAUUUUUUGAUUCUAAAAAAAUCUGUGCUGCAUGACAAGCAAUAGGAGUGGUCCAGUUUUUGCCACGUGGACGAGAGGACAUUUCUCAUGCAGGCUAGGCAUCAAGAAGUCCACCUCAGAUGAAAAUCUGUCAUGCUAGGGCCUGCAUCACAGACAUCACGGCUCAUGCUAAACGUGCAUGACAAGUCGCAGAAUCUUCCAGACAUCCAGGGAUAUUUGCAUUUCAUAGCAAGCGUUCAGCUACGAUGUCGGGUCCAUGUAUCUGACCCUGGGCAUCCUGCUAUGCAAGGAAAAAACUGUGUGGGUGUAAGUCUGUGAUGCAGAAAAUGCAAAACUGUUACACUUGUCAUGCUGAAUCUGCGUCAUAGGCUACUUUCAUACGUGUUUUCACGUACUAGCUGCGCAUGACAGAUUUUCCCUGUAAUGCAAAACGAAUUUGUGAUGCUGCCCUUCCUACAAAGUUACACUCACACAGUUUUUUUCCUGGAUACCUGCCCUAUGAACUGCAACAGUAUCCGAUACUCGUGUAUUAAAUGCAUUACAAAUUUCCUCAGCAUGAGAGAUAAAAUUUGUGAUGCGGAUUUACCUUAAGAUAAACAUGUUGUAAUGCAUGACUGCAAUUACUACGAGUGCAAUUGGGAUAAUAUAAAAAUGUCUCAAUCAACCGCGCAGCGUGAUUCUUUCAAUUCUAUUAUUCUGCGAAAAUUUGUCACCGUCACCGUUUUGCCAUGUUCAUUUUUCAACCCAAAAAAUUUGAUUUUUUCCUGGUAUCCCACGCAUGCUCAUGUCGAUCAGUUGUUGCAAAUGUGGCAUGCGAGGAGGCAUUACACUUGGAGCAUGGUGGCCCGGGUAGUUGAACGCAAUCCAGAAGCGCCCCGGAAUGGCUUCGCCGCCGUACAGACCGAAGACGCGGCGCGGGAGGGUGCGUUGCGAGGAGGCUGUCUUCUGGCGCGUAGGGGCCCGACCCUUGCUGGGGCGGGCUUCUGCAUGGUGCGGCUUGCGAUGUUGGGUUGCUCCUGGGAAUGUCGGGCUCUUGUUACUCCUUGGCCAAAGGCCUCCGGCAAAGGACCUCCACAACCCAGGAAAAAACAGCAAAAUUUCGAGCAAAUUUAACGACCACCCGGUGACAAAUCCCGGAAAUUUUGCAUUUUGCACGGUAUGGUGGACUUUGAGAGCCCAAAAUGGGAACCGGUGACAAAUCCCGAAAAAUUUACAUUUUGCAGGGUAUGGUGGACGAUUGCGCACGAGCCAAAAAUUCUUGCGCUGCAAGAAAUUUUGGGCAACGCGCAAUCGUCCACCAUACCGCCCAAAAUGUAAAAAUAUCCGGAUUUGUCACCGGUCGCGAAUUUGGCUCGGAAACGUCCACCAUACCGUGCAAAAUGCAAAAUUUCUGCGAUUUGUCACCGGGUCAUCGUCAAAUUUGCUCAAAAUUUCGCAGUUUUUUCUUGGGUUUUCGAGACCCUUUGCCGGAGGCCUUUGGUCCAGGAGUGAUAGUCUCAAGAGAUUCCCAGAAGCAACUCAGCAUGACGCGCCGCACUAUUCCGAUCCUUCGCGGCCGGAAAUCUGGUCGCUGAAGUGUCAGGAGACAGCCUCCCAGCUAGGGACCCACCUUCUGGGGCCGCGGUUUUGGCUUGUAUAACGGCAGCGCCGUUCUGGGAUAUGUCUGGACGGCCUUCAGCGUGCUGGGUCAACAUGCUUGGAAUGCAGUCGUUGGAUUGCCGCACCCGCAGCAUUUGACAGAAAUGGACACAUAUAGGAAAUCAGGCAAAAGUCAAAUUUUUUUGCUGGGAUAUAAAAAUGUCUCAAUCAACCGUGCAGCGUGAUUCUUUCAAUUCUCAUGCGCUUGUAGUUCUCUUCUCAAUACUUUGAAGCGCUUGUAGUUCUUCAUGUACCACGGACAUAUGGAAGCGACAGGAUUGAAGUUGUCAAAUUUGAAAUAACUUGCAAUGCAUAAAAUCGAUACCAGUUGGAAGCCCAAUUUGUUAGCGGCGCAUGACAAAUUUUCCGAGCACCGGAAUCCAAUUUGUCAUGCUGCUUGGGCACAGACGACUGCUUUUGUCAUGCUACUCUAGCAGCUCUACUUCAAACCCUGAACAGGCUGACAGUUGGCCUAGCUUGCCAUCCCGGCAAGACAGGCACUUCAUGCCUUAGAUUUUAUGCAUGACAAAUCAUUUCAACUUUGUCGAUUUCAAACCUGACGCUUCCAUAGGACAAGUACCUGCUGUCGUCCGUGGUGCAGCAGGAAUUAUUGCGAGCAACAAACUUUUUAUUUGCGCGGAACAAUAUUAAGUACAAGUACUUGAUUAAGAGUGGAAGGAGCAGCUGCUUACAGCUUGUUCCUGUUUUCUCUUUUUGUUCACUCAUUGGCAAGAAC